CAGAGCAAUGGGAUUCGAGGAAUGCCUGUGUCCCUCUAGUGGCUGCACACAGUGAGUCUUUGGCAAACGAGAAAACACCGCAAGUACCUCACCCUUACAGUCCCUUGUUGGUUUCUCUUUCGUUCCGUUACAGACUGACUCUGUUUCCUUCGUACUCGGAGUAAAUCCCAUGAAGUCUUGGGUAGGAUCUCGUCUGCUCCUGGCAUUCGCCGGAAUAGGGUCGUUCGCGUACGCGUCGACGACGGAUCACCGCUAUACCGCUGGUGAACACGUCGAACUAUGGGUCAACAAGGUUGGGCCGUACGCAAACCCGCAAGAAGCUUACGAGUACUACACCUUGCCGUAUUGUGCUCCCGACACCAAGCAUCAUCCAGAAUCCAUUGGAGAGUACCUCGGUGGACACGCCUUGCGUCAUUCCGGACACGACAUUGUCUUUGAUCCCAAAGCCGUUACCGAGGCUUGCACACAAAAGCCACUCACCGCCGAGCAAGCCGCCAAGUUUGGGUUCGCUGUUCAGCACCGAUGGUUCUACCAAAUGUACCUCGAUGACUUGCCAAUCUGGGGAAUGGUGGGAGAACUACUGCCCACCAACAGUGACAAAGCCGGGCUCAAGCCCUACGUCUACACGACGCGCAAUCUCGUUAUUCGAUACAAUCAAGAUCAAAUCGUCCAGGUUGAUCUUACCUCCGAUCCCAAAUCGCUCGUCAAGGUCGAAGCCGGGGCCAAGCUUACUUUCAGUCUACACGUACAAUGGGAGACUACCACGGACGAGUUUCAUUCGCGCUUCGAUCGUUAUCUCGAUCACGAAUUUUUUAAACACCCGAUUCACUGGUUCUCCGUCUUCAACUCAUUCAUGAUGGUCCUCUUCUUGAUGGGACUGGUCGCCCUCAUUCUACUCCGUACCCUGAAAAAGGACUACGCCCGGUACGGCAUCGUGUCCGAUCUGGAAGAUGGUAUCCACGACGUGGACGAAGAAGGAAAACCCUUGACGGGAGACAAGGCAUUGGAAGAUGCCGGUUGGAAACAAGUGCACGGGGACGUCUUUCGUGCACCCUCGUAUUUGCCAUUGUUUGCUGCUCUCCUCGGCACAGGCUGGCAGUUGGUGGUUCUCACACUCGGUGUCAUAUUGUUUGCCGUUUUGGGACCAAUGCAUGGACAAGUUCAUGAAGAACGUGGCGAGCUCUUGCACGCCGUCAUUGCCUGCUACAGUCUUUCCAGUAUUGUUGCCGGUUUUGUCUCGGGAAAAUUCUUCAAACUCUACUUCCCGACAACCGCUGCGGCACGCCGGGGUCCGAAAACGACUCUCUGGCAAUCCGUCAUGGUGUACACCGUCUUGCUUCUGCCCACCGCUUCAGUGGCCGUUUUGACUAUCCUCAACGCGAUCUCUAUAGUGUACGGAACCAUCAACACAAUUCCUUUCUUGGUCAUCCUCAAACUGUUCCUAAUUUGGGUCUUUGUUUCGGUUCCGUUGAAUAUCGUGGGCACCAUGGCUGGCAGACACGCCGGCAAAGGAAGUGGACCGCUGGAUCACUUUCCCUGUCGCAUCAAUGCGAUUCCUCGGCCUAUUCCAGACGACGUUCCGUGGUACGGCAAGCCCUCUGGCCUUGUGCCCUUGGCCGGCUUGCUUUCGUUCGGAUCCAUCUUUAUUGAGUUGUAUUACGUUCUUACGUCUCUGUGGAAUUACAAGUUUUACCAUGUGUACGGAUUCUUGUUGGGCGUGUACAGUAUUCUGACCAUCGUGGUCGGCAUGACUUCGAUCAUUGUCGUGUACUUUUCCUUGAACGCGGAAAAUUAUUUGUGGCAGUGGACGGCGUUUUGGUCGGGGGCCUCGACGGCGGCGUACGUUUUCCUCUAUGGCAUUUACUACUUUGUCUUCAAAACUACCAUGCACGGACUCUUACAAACAUCGUACUACUUUGGUUACAUGGCGCUUAUUUCUGUCAACCUCGGGCUCUUGUGCGGUGUACUCGGUCACGCCGCGGCCUCCCGGUUUGUCCGCGCCAUUUUUCAAAACGUGAAGGUGGAUUAGGACCAGACUCUACGUAAAAUAUAACCAAAGCCUCUACACGU